AUGUGUGAGAAUGGAGUAUUACAGCCGACGAUUCGACGUGUAUUGCACGGGAAAAUGGCGUGCACCGGUGUACGAGUAGCAAGAUCGCUUAAAAAUAACACAUUCUUCUCUAAUUUAAGUGGAUUACUGCUAAAUCCAUCACGCAAUACCGCCGUGUUAAUCAAAUACCGAGUUUUGAGCUCAACACCUUCUGAAAUCGAAAAUGAUCGAGACCCGGCACCGUUGUUUUUCAACAAGGAGGUUCAGGAUUUGCUUAAAACAUUGACCAGAGUCGACCUGAAAAAAGUUUACCGUCACCGAAAAGAUGGUGAAAAGCUGGAGCCUCCGGUCUAUAAGUUCAUGACUGAUGAUGAAUUGGAAGCAGCAUUAAAUGAAGCAAAAGUGAAAGCAGAAGUGCGCCUUCAAAUGCCACCAGUCGUGAAGAAGAUUAAUGAUACUCCAAACAUAUUAUCACAUGAUCGUGCUCUCCAAAAACACGAUACAGCAAAAUUCGUUUUCACAGAUAUAACUUAUGGCAUCCCUAAUGUGGAAAGAUUUAUUGUAGUCAGAGAUCCAGAUGGAAUUUUGAGAAAUGCGGAUGCUAGAGAGAGACACAGAAUGAAUCAAAUCUACUUUCCCCUAGAAGGACGGGAAGUUGAUGUGCCUAAAUUAUUUCAAGAGAACUAUUUAAUGGAUUUACUUGUGCGCGAGGAAUAUGAGUUCAUAUUGGAUCUUGCCUGUGUACAGUUUGAGCCUAAUGACCCAGAGUAUCAUAGGGUAACCGAGACGGUUUAUUCUCAUGUAAAUAACUUGAAGCACUUCAAUCAUUUGAGGUCAACCAGACACUUUGGGCCCCUUGCGUUCCAUUUGGCUUGGAAAGGAAAUGUCGAUAAUUUGAUUCAGGAGAACAUUCAGACUUCAAGAUUGGAUGAUGCUGUGUUAGUAAUACAAUUAUAUUAUAAAAUUCAUCCUACGGCGAAAUCAGCAGAGACCAAAUUUGAAGGCGAUGAAUUGAAGUUCAUUGAAAAUUUUGUUGCUAAUGACGCAAAUGAACCAAUUUUAUUAGAACUAGCGAUAAAAUCAUACAUCAAUCUAGAAAAUGCUAAGCGCGAAGUCAACGAAGGCAUUAAGAGAGCUCAUGGUAGUGAUUGAAAUGUGUACAUUGUAAUAUCAUAAUUUUAGAUUAAUAAAGUAUAUCAAAGAAAAAACAGCUAAUUA